GAUGCUUGCAGUGUUUCGCGUGCAGAUGAUCGCGCGUCUUCUUUUCAGUCGCCUCAGAUGAGUCUCGCACCAGUCGUUCCCGAUGGAGUCACACACAACAGUCUGAUGUAGCGUUUUUUAACAAGUGGCAGGUUCAAGGUUCGAAUUCCCGGCAGCAUGAGUGCGGAUUGCGAGAACUAUUAUAACGCGGAGAACGUGUUUGUCAGCGCCUUCACGUGCCCCAAACCUGAGGGCGACGAGCGCGCGAUCUUCUGCUGCGGGUUCAAUGACGUCAAAUACUGCUGCGACGAUCCCAACAGCUUCUUCCCAUACGAGUAUGGAUACAUGUGGUGGCUCAGUUUGGGGGCUCUGGUGGGUCUGUCUAUCGCGGCGGUGGUGCUCCUAGCAUUCAUCAUAACUCUCUGUGUGCUUUGCUAUCUGUUCAUUGCCACUAAACCCAGAGGACUGGACAACGGACUGCCUCUGCGAGCUCCAAGUUCUAGUCCCAGUCCUCAGGAGGGCCCGAGUCACCCUAGUGCACCAUCAGGACCGCAGGGUUUCCGCAAGCAUUUCCUGGGCGGUAAACUGGACUGUGACAACCAGCCACCCGACCCAGACCGUCUGUUCCAGCGCUGCUUCAUGGCCACGGUCACCACCAUCAACGUAGAGGGUCCUUCAUAAAUACAAGAGCUGCCCAUACAAAGAGGACAUUACCCGUAAGUCACCUGUUUUAUCCAGUGAUCAGAUGUUUAAACCUGGAAGAUGUGGUGUAUUCCAACAAGUGCUGUCGGACAAAGUAAAUGAUAUCGGUGAACUGCCUCAAUGACUUGCCUUUAAACUCAUUUUAAACCAAAAAAAGAAACUCUUGUUUCCUAGAAACAAACUUUGUGAGACUCUUUGAGAGGCGUUCUAUCAGUAUCUGAACUUCAGGAGGUAAUAACGCCGCGUUGGAGCUUUGUUACCCUUGACUCAAACUCAUGUGAAGUGCUUUCUCAACAGCGGAACUGAAAUGAACCAGAUGAAAAGUGUUUCAGGUUCUUGCUGUGGCCAUCAAAAAGAGUUGACGAAGCUCAUUACACCAGCAUGUGUCCUCUCCCUGUUCUAAUGCCUUUAAUUCAGCUUUGAGCUCAAGUUCAACUUCAGCAGGACUCCAGACUUACAAAGAUGUUUUAAUUGUACUGCAUUUCUUGAUGUGUUUGAAGUGUUGCUUUGUUGACACGUUUGGCACCAGACUUGUUAAAAGCUGUUUUUCCAAAUGUUACACCUGAUGUUAAAUGUUAAACACAUUUUUGCUUUGAAUGUAGAACUGUGGUUUCUUUUAAUGAGUAAAGAAGAUUUGUGGCUUUUAGUCCAUGUGUGCUAUCUAGUGUACAUACAAUAGUGGGCAAACGUGAUGUCCGAAGGACAUAUUUGCUUUUUUAAUAUUUGCAGUGUUUGCUUUUAAUGCCCCCUCAGGGGCCCGUUCUUCGUACGUGGCUUACUACAUCCAAGAUCAAACGAAAUAUCCGAGAUGACCUAAUCCCGCUAAUCAUGAUCUGGAUAAUUCGGUUCUUCGAAAACACCUGUUGUUGAUGAUUAUCUGGAUUAAAUUGUCUGGGAUCAUUGGACGCUGUUUGAAAAGGCAGCAUAUAUCGAUAGAAGAACCAGUGAUGAGCAGGGCUGCUAUUGGCUGGUUGUUACGUCAAAAGACGUACAGUAGUUACGUCCAUAUUAUUUUACCGCUGCAUGAAGAUUAUGACAACAUUUUAAACCUUAUUAACUCUUCAAACGAUGCACAGACAGAUUACUUUCAGAGAUAUUUAUUAAAUUUUAAAGCAGUUGUAAACUGAAGUUGUAUAACUGAUAAAUUAACUUUUAGUUUUUUUUUUAUAAAUUCUCU